AUGCAGAGGCGGUCUUCUGGCUCGGACGACGGUGACGAUUUGCAAUUGCAACAUCAUCUGCCUGUCAAUGCCGCCAGCAACUCCAUCCCCAACCCCAACAGCUCCCUCGGUUCCGGUCUCGAUGCCACGCCAACUGCACAGGCUACCUCUGCCCACACACACGGCAGGGCCCCGGGUCACCAGCCGCCCAGGAGCUCCGACAGCAGGCGCACCAGCUUCGACCUUCGUUCUCACUCCGCCCGCAGCCGCCGCUCCGGCAACUUCUCCUCCUGGAAGCCCGCAGCCGCCCAGAACGGAGCCGCCAUGGAGAAGGUGCCUCUCGCCUUGCCCGUCGAGCCGUCAGCCGUGCCAGUCAUGGCCCCCAAGAGCGACGAAGACUCCGAAGCUGUCGACAAGUCGCCCGACUCGAAAGGGCCCCGCCGCCUGCGAUCCCGAAGCCCCUGGGCGCUUGGUCUUCUGACCCUCCUGGUGUCGAUAAUUGGCCUUGGUUUCCUCGUUGCCAUACUCAACUCGAGCGCGACAAGAUGUCUCGACGUCAAGGGCUGCAUUAUGUCCUAUAUGCGGCCGGCCUACGUCAAAUUGAACGACUUCGACACCGAGCACACCCGGUUCGGCGGCAAGUAUUCGCUUUAUUUCUACAGGGAACUCGAGGUGGACGAAGAGGUCAAGUUACGAGGCACCCCCGUCCUCUUCAUACCCGGGAACGCUGGAAGCUACAAGCAGGUGCGCCCGCUCGCUGCCGAAGCCGCCAACUACUUCCACGACACACUCCAACAUGACCCGUCAGCCCUCCGAAAUGGCGUGCGCGAUCUCGACUUCUUCACCGUCGACUUUAACGAGGAUUUUACCGCUUUUCACGGCCAGACCAUGGUCGACCAGGCCGAGUACCUGAACGAGGCCAUCCGCUACAUAUUGUCUCUAUAUCUAGAUCCGCGCAUGACAAGUCGCGAUUCAGACUUGCCCGAUCCGACCUCAGUCAUCAUCGUGGGCCACUCCAUGGGCGGAAUUGUGGCUCGCACCAUGCUCAUAAUGCCUAAUUACCAGGCGCAUUCUAUCAAUACCAUCAUCACCAUGUCUGCGCCGCACUCGAGACCACCCGUUUCCUUCGACAGCGAGAUCGUCAAGGUGUAUGACGAGAUCAACGACUACUGGAGGAAGGCAUAUUCCCAGAAAUGGGCUAACAAUAACCCGCUAUGGCAUGUCACGCUCAUCUCUAUUGCUGGCGGGAGCUUGGAUACCGUAGUGCCCUCCGAUUACGCCAGCCUGGAAUCUAUUGUACCCGAGACACAUGGUUUCACCGUCUUCACCUCCACGAUCCCGACUGUGUGGACGAGCAUGGAUCACCAGGCAAUUCUUUGGUGCGACCAGCAUCGAAAAGUAGUGAUACGGGCGCUGUACGACGUUGUUGAUGCGCACCGCCCUUCGCAAACCAAGCCCCGGGCUCAGCGCAUGAGUGUGUUCAAGAAGCAUUUCCUCACCGGCCUGGAGGAGAACGCAGAGAAGUCUGUCUUAUUCAAGGACCACAGCACACUGCUUACCCUCGAGGAUGAUUCGCACGAUAUUGUGCCGCAAGGAGACCGCUUGAUACUUCGAGGCUUGGGAAAGCAGGGCAAACCACAAGCGCACCUGGUGCCCAUCCCGCCUUUAGGUUCGUCGCCGAAUCGCUUCACACUUUUGACCGACCAGAGGCUAGACAGCGCCGGAGAGUCGGGAAAGCUGGAGGUCCUGCUCUGCAGUGUGCACACCCUGCAACCUGGCCAGGCAGGAAUGAUGCUUCCGUGGAAGAUGGAUUUGUCGUCAGGAGAUAGCCGGAGCUCGACUCGGCUGGCCUGCAAGAAUGCUGCUUCCGACGUUGUGCAGCUGCCUGCGUCGACCAGGUUCACACAGCAGCCGUUCCCCCCUGCCGGCUCCAGGCCGAUGACACCGUUCUCUUUCCUGCAAUACGAUCUUGACGACAUUGCUGAUCACCAAUUCGUUGCCAUUGUGGACAAGGGGAUUACUUCAUCGGGUUUUGUGCUCGCAGAGUUCAGCGAAAUUGCGGACUCUUACCGGACCCGUCACAUCAGCCUGCGUCGGAUGCUCGCGUUCGGCAUGGAUUUCCGAUUACCCGCCCACAGGCCUACCGUGACGGAGAUCAAGAUACCAUCCAUCCAGUCCAGCCUGCUCGCCUACAGCUUGGAGCUCAGUGAGCAGUCGUGUGGGAAGAAGAAGGAGCUCUUCGCGCCAUUGGUGCGACAGUACCUCACAGAACCGUACGAGUCCAAAUUUUUCGUCAAUGCCAGGCACGCCAGCAUCAGCAUGCACGGCGUUGCACCAUUUAAUCCCCCGCCGAUGAAUAGGAAAACGACCGAAGACGGCCUGAGCUUCCAGUUUUGGACCGAUCCGACGUGUGACUCGAGCAUCAACGUCCGCCUGACCGUGGAUGCUUUAGGCAGCAUGGGGAAACUCUACAUGCGCUAUCGGACCGCAUUUGCAGCCUUUCCACUGCUCGUGGUCGCGUUGGUUGUGCGCAAGCAAUUCAGGGUAUACGACAGCCAGGGUGUCUUCAUUCCUUUCAGCGAGAGCUUGGACCUGUGCCUGCGACGGUCUAUACCUUUGAUCCUCGCAUCUCUGACGCUCCUCUCCCUCUCCAUGGACACCUCCGGGGCUCGUGGAACGGCAAGUUACUGGCCCUUUAAAAAUGUGACGGUCGGCGUCGACUUCCGGCAAAAUGACCUCUUGGCGGGCACACAAGAUCCGUUCUUCUGGUUCAUGAUUCCUCUGAUUGGCAUUGUCUGCGUCGGCGUGUGCGCAGUUCUAAAUUACAUGGUGCUGACUAUCACAUCGAUCCUGAGCACUGUGUACGGUUGGAUAAGCUUCCGCCCAGCCUGGGUGCGCUACGAUGAUAGGCGUCGAGCCAUUCAACACGGCUUCAUGCCGUCUUCGCCACGGCGACGGCUCAUCACGACGGCCAUCCUGCUGUUCUUGGUUACGACGUUCAUACCCUACCAGUUCGCGUAUCUGGUCGCGUGUGUAGUACAGCUCAUCACCGCGGUACGGGCCCACCGCAUCGCCUGUGAGAUGCCGUCCAACGCCAAUCGCAGCUUCUACAAUUACGCCCAUGCUAUUUUCUCACUUAUGCUUUGGGUGCUUCCUAUCAAUAUACCUAUACUGGUCGUCUGGAUACGCAACCUGACGGUGCACUGGUUCACGCCCUUCUCAUCCCACCACAACGUCAUGUCGAUCAUGCCAUUCAUCGUCCUCGUCGAAACCUUCACAGCGGGAAAGAUGGUCCCACGAGUCACCGGUCGGCUGAGACAUGUCACCAGCGUCCUGAUCUUCGGCGUGGCAGUCUACGCCGCUAUCUAUGGUGUAUCGUACGGCUACAUGAUUCACCACCUGGUCAACCUUGUCGCAGCCUGGCUCGUUGUGAUACAUUCAACUUGUGACUCAUGGUCUCUCGCCGGGUGGAGCGCCCUGUUCGAGGGCAACCCCGAGGCGCGGAAGGGAGGGAAAACUCCAUAG